AUGUCCGUACCCGAUAAAUUUCAAGGUUUUGGAGUCGACGAUAAAGAAAACUGGAAUAAACCCAAGUUGGUUGAGUAUGAGAGAAAAUCAAUUGGUCCUAAUGAUGUUGUGGUGAAGAACAUUGCUUGUGGUUUGUGCUACUCGGACAUUCACACUUUGCAAGGAAAUUGGGCUCCUUUGAACCGUAAGGGUCUCGUUGUGGGACACGAGAUUGUGGGUGAUGUUAUCUCCGUUGGUGACAAAGUUACGCUGAUCAAAGUUGGCCAGAGAGUUGGAAUUGGUGCCAAGUCCAGUUCUUGUAUGACUUGCCACCGUUGUCAACACGAUAACGAACAAUAUUGUCGUAAGAGUGUUGGAACUUAUAACAGCAAGUAUCAAGACGGAUACGUGUCGCAAGGUGGUUACUCAUCGCAUUCCAUUGCCAAUGAAAUGUUCGUUUUCCCUCUUCCUGAAAACUUGGAUCCAUACGUUGCUGCUCCAUUGAUGUGUGCUGGUUUGACAGUAUUUUCUCCUUUGGUGAGAACCUUGGGCUACGACGCCAAGGGUAAAUCCGUAGCCAUUAUCGGUAUUGGUGGAUUGGGCCAUUUGGCUAUUCAGUUUGCCAAUGCUAUCGGUGCCGAAGUAUGGGCAUUUUCUAGAAGCUCGUCUAAAAAGCAGCAAGCUUUGGAUAUGGGUGCUACAGGCUUUGUUGCUACGGCCGAAGACAAGGACUGGUACAAGAAAUACCUGGACAAAUUCGACAUGGUGUUGAACUGUGGUUCUGGUGUUGAAGGUUUGAACUUGGACCACUACUUGAACGUUUCCAAAGUGGAAUGUAAGUUCAUUUCCGUUGGACUUCCACCCACUUCAGAAAAGUUUUCUGUUAGUCCCUUCACUUUCCUUUCCACCGGAGGUAGUUUCGGAGCUACUGCUUUGGGAAGCAAGAAGGAAGUUUUGAAAAUGUUUCAAAUUGCCGCCGAUAAGGGUGUUAAGCCAUGGAUCGAAAAGGUUCCUAUCAGCGAAGAAAACGUGACCAAGGCUUUGGACAGAUGUGAGGCUGGUGACGUGAGAUACAGAUUUGUGUUCACCGAGCUUGAAAAGGCAUUUAAGCUUUAA